CGUGAGCCUCUCUCAAACCCAAGCCUCUCCUUCAGUCAGUGCUCAGUCUGAAAAUAUGCCCAACCACGUAGCUGCCGGGAAAACCUCUAUGGAAACAGCUGUUGAUAAACACAGGGGCAUUUCCCAGCGACAGUGUCAUGGUACCUCUGGACUUGGUGAGGUUAGCUCGGGUUUCUUUACAAAUAGGGCGUCUAUAUCAGAAGACAGAAAGAGCUCCACAAGCUCCACAGAUCUGUUCCCCACCCCAGCUUCAUCCAGAGAGUCCAUUCUCUCAGACGGCUCAGACAAAGAGAAGUACUGGUCAGCUGUGCAGCUCUCCUCUGUGACCUCUCCUGCCUCUUUCAGCCGCACUGUUUCUCCCUGCUCAUCUGUCCUCUCUGGCAUCUUCUCCCCUACUGUCGUCCAGAUAAAGAGGCAUAUUCUCGCUCCUGGCUCUAGUCUGGUUCAGACCCCUCAAACCUGUUUCUCAUCAUGCGAGAGCCUGUCCUCCUCUGUCUGUCCCCAGUCCCCCCCUCCCCGGCACCGGCCUCCCCUCACCCGACUGUCCCUCCUCACUGCUAUCCUCAGAAAAGGCCGUCUUCCUGUUCUUUCCUCUGCGCUGCAGAGGCCUUACACCCCCUGCUGGCCUGUCAACCCCGUGACCCUGUCCUUCUGUAACGCGUGCUCAGCAGCCUCCAGCGUUGCCUCCAUUCCCCUGGAGUUUUCUUCUCGGUUCUCCUCAUCAGCGUCUAUAGGUAGUCAGCGCCACGCUCACAGGGAGCCUAAUAGAUGCAUCACUGCUCCACCACCUAUUCAGUCAAAUGAGCUCAGCGGAGCAUGCACUCAAACUCAAACUCAAGAGAAAAGAUGCUCAGAGCAAAUUCGUUCGAGCAGUGCGCCUAGAUGGGAGCAGGUUAUUUCACCACCACCUGGGAGGAGCAGCACACUACCCCGAGCACCACUGCCUCUGUUUUGCUCAAACUUCAAAUCUGUUUCUCCACUAAAGCAUCAAGAAAUAGACUAUGGGACUUCCAAAAAACUGCAACGCACACACCCCUCCAUUUCUAAGCCCCCUGAGCUGAAGCCCAGCAACACUCACAUGUACCUCAAGAGCCACGAGGAUAAUAAACUCAUCUCCCCGUCCCCCAAACUUAUUAAUGAGCAAGAGACCUCUGCGCCCCGGAAUUUGAGUCGCCUGCCAAAUUCAUCCCUCUCAAGGCUUCACUGGCUUUCUCAACAGCUGAGAUCUGCGCCUGUCAGCCCUCCUCGGCUUCAGCCUUCUCAGUCACGCUCACCCGGUGUCACACACGCACACAUCGCAUCACCUCUCCCUCCUUUACAAAACACCACGGGAAGAUGUGAGUCAGAGAGUAGCUGCCCUGAUUCCCAAAGUGCCACAUCAUCUGAAGGUUAUCACAGAGCUUACGGCCUGUCUCCUUCCCGCUACACACACAUGGUUUCCCCCGCGUGGCCGUCACCCACCAGCUCCCCCACACCUACGCCCUCUCCUGCUCCACCAAUCAGAGACCUCACCCCUUCCCCUUCUCGCUCCCUGCGCUCCACGCCCUCCCCAAGGCCGGGGAGUGGAAUAUCAGACUGCAGCGACAGGGAGGGUAAAAAAAGAAAGACACACAAGAUUAAGUUAAGCUACAAAUCGCUUGCUGCAAUUCCCACAAACACCCUUCUGUUGGAUCAGCAGACCAUAGAUGAGCAGGUAGAGAGAGACGAGAAUCCGUGUGACAGGUUGGACAGAGAUGUUGACACCCACACUGAGAUGUGCUCACCGGCUCAGCUGCGGCAACAGUCAGAGGAACUUUAUGCAGUUAUUGAUGAGCUAUUGGCAAAUUCUAUUCCAGCAUGCAAAACAUCACGGUCGCUGCAGCCCUCCAGGUCAUCGACUCCCAACGCUGGUGCGCAGCAAAAUAACUCAUCACUUCCAAAAUCCUUGGGGCGUGAAACCAAAUAUGCAUCUUUAAGCAGCUUGCACCCAUCUACUGGCAUGAAAAGAAACCUUAUCAGCCCCAAAAAGACGAAGCCUGGGGUUAUUCGCCCAAUGACGGCCAUUCCAAGACUGACAGUGGAGGAGGAAGAAUUUCAUCCAAACCCCUUCAGGCUGUUUGCUGUCAAGCAGACCUUAACUGACAACAAAAAGGUGGAAAAUAUGAGUCUUGAAGAUGCAGGAAAAGAUCUUCACACAAGCUCUAAAGGUCAAACGUUGAAAGAGGAGAGGAAGCCUGAAAGAAGAACUCCAUUCUCGAUGUGUGACCUGCACAUUAUAGAGCCUGAAGACCAGAUCAGUCACCCUGUGAAAGAUGCUUCGACAUCUUUCAAUCCAGCGGAGAGCUGCACCCCCAGAAUUUGUCCAUAGCGGUGGCCAGGCGGGGCACUGGAAAUCUUGGGGUGGCACACCAAAACCAAAAGCCAUUACUUGAUUUCACACUAUUCUAUUGUUGUUUUUGAAAACUGUGUCAAUAUGAGAGUCAAGGAAUUCCAUACUGAUAUACUUUAUACUCUAAUAACUUGUAAUAUUACAAUUAAUGUCCCUAAUUAUCUGAUGUGCAUAGACUAAUACCAGUGCAGUUAACAUUUUGAGUUCCACAACAAUCCUGAUUUAAUGUGUUAUGUAUCUGUAUUCAUGUGUUUUUUCAAAUACACUACUUGUCCGUUUCUUUAAAAAGACAAAUAUACAGCUU